AGUAAUCACUAAUCAGUAGUCUCGUUGCCAUCGUCUCGUGCGCACGCUUUGGCCAGACUUCGAUCAUCCAUCCACUCGCACGGUGUGCUUAUAAAUAAAUAAAAUAUAUAUUAUUUUGUAAAACACGCCGACCACUUGGAGAAAUUAGAAUCCGACCAAAUCAGUUGUGACAAUAGUAUCUACCGUCGGUAAUAAGCCUUUGUCGUGUCCGCGUAACCAAAAUUCAUUUUGUUUUCGUGGUGAACGUGUAUACGAUCUUUUUUUUUAUAAACCUUCCGAAAACGUUGAUAACGUAAUCGCGACAACGACAACAGUUGGUGUUCUCGUUGGUAGGCUGAACCGAACUAUUUUACGGUGAAACCUGUGUCGACUACUCUCGCACACGAUGAACCUGAUGUGCACAGAGUCGCAGACAGCGUCCGAGGAUAGGUGUUUCGCCGAGGACCGGACCAUUUUCCGCGACGAGCGGGCUGUCAAAAAGCUGUUGGAAACCGAGUCGCAGUACGUGCCCGGGUGCGAUUACAUGGCCCACUCGCAUUCCAACCUGCAGCCUUUCAUGAGACGAGUGGUGGCCACGUGGAUGUUGGACGUAUGCGAAGAACAAAGAUGUGAAGAUCAAGUGUUUCCAUUAUCUGUAAACUUUCUAGACAGAUUUUUAUGCGCCUGUGACAUAUCCAAAACACACUUACAACUCACUGGUGCAGUGUGUCUGUUAUUAGCAUCAAAAGUGCGACAAUGUACGGCGCUUUCUAUUGAACUCUUAUGCUACUAUACUGAAAAUAGCGUCACUCCAGAAGAGAUGAGGGAAUGGGAGUUGUUAGUUAUUUCUAAAUUGGAAUGGAGAAUUGUAGCAGUCACCAGUUUCGAUUACGUGGAUCAUAUUAUGGAACAAAUUAAGUGGAAAAGACGAAAUGAUUCGAUGCUCAGGAGGCAUAUGUUGACGCUCAUCUCCUUCUGUUAUAUCGAACCCGAUUUCAUAGAGAAAAAACCGUCGGUGAUGGCGGCGUCGUGUAUGCUGUCGGCCAUCCGCGGCAUCGACCCGUCAGCGGCCGCCGAGGUGGCCGCCGAGCUGUGCGUGCUGUUGUCGUGCACCGCGGCCGAAGUGGACGAACAAGUGUCGCUCAUCGACGCGCUGGUGGCCAGUACGACGGCUGCGGUCACGCCGGAAAAGUCGGAGAACAACAAUCCCGCGUCUGAGCCGCCCGUCAAGAAGCCGUACCGCGUGCAGGAUUGCGGUUUGCACGGCGGCGGUCGUCGGUAGUGCGGUGACGACGUUACAAAUAUGUGCGUUACAUGACGUCUGCGCGGCGACGAAUGCAAGUAAAUAAGGAACGCGAUUCUCGCGUGCGCCCGUCCGCCCGCACCGUCAACUGACUUAUGACGACAUUUUUACUAUUUUGACAUUUUCCCCCCCGAGAUCCACUUGCCGCAAAGAUAAGCUGGCGUGGAUGGUAAGUCGGGUUCUCCAUUUGUCGCAACAUAAUUAUUGUAAGAUAAUAUAAAUUUUGUUUUGUUUCUACCUCAUGUGAAAUAAUAAAUUAUACAAUAUUAUUAUUAUAACGUGCUGCUGUAGGUAUGUGUUAUAUAAUUUUUCCUUUUUUUUAAUUUUUUAAUUAUUUACUUCCCCGAUUCCAAAAAAAUAUUGAUUUUUUUAUUAUUAUUAUUAUUAUUAUUAUUACUUGUUUUUUUCUUUUAUUCGACAAUCUUAUUGUAGUAAAUGAAUUUUUCAUCUUUGGUUUUAUUAUGAUAUAAUAUUAUUACCUAUUUUUCGUCUAUAGCGAUAUCUUUGUGGCCAUCGUGGCCACCACCACAAGCGAGGUCCGCUAUUUUAUUUUGUUAAUUAAAAUAUUAUUAUUAUUAUUAUUAUUAUUAUUAUUACAUACGUAGGCUAUAAUAUCAUUAUAUAAUUAGUUAUAUUUAAUAUUAUUAAAAGAAAAUGUGAUAAAUAGUUUUAGGUAUUAUUAUAAUAUGUCUGCAGGAGCUUAUAUUUUAGCUUCAUAGGGUUAAGUGAUUAUUAUCAAUAUGAUAACAUUAUUCUUCUAUCUUUAGUGUUUUAAGUUAUACAUCCCUUAUUGUUUAUUUUAUUUAAUUAUUAGUUAUUUUAUGUAUGAUCUCUCAUCUUUAUAUGUAUUUAAACAAUAUGGAAAACGUUGUUUCAUUAAAAAAAAAAAAAACCAAAAAAAAA